CCUCCUCCACUUCUCCCCUAUUGUACACCUGAAACGGCUCGUCUAAACCCGGCUCUAUCGUGGGGCAUGGACUCAUUCCUAUUUUCCCACUCUGUCCUCAUCGAGAGGGCUCUUCGGCCACACAUGGCCCAUUCUCGAGAGUGGAAACGCGGUGUCUACUUCCGAGGAGUCGAGUUAGUUCAGCAGGUAACUUCUGAUGAGAAACGCCUUUCAAUCGGGAUUCUUCACUUUCUUCGCCAGCAUUUUCUUGAGAAUGCUGACUAUUAUGGCUUUCGCACUUAG